GAGGAGAUGACGCACGGGGCGGACAGAACAACGCCCUGCAGUGCAGGGACCUGAGCUUUUCAGCCACCGGAUUCUGGAUUCACUAUUAGUCUGACUUCACUACAGACACAGGAGAGGGGCGAUCUUCUUAAACUUGCACAUGUCCAGCUGCUUCAUGUCUGCUCUGAAGCUCGGUCUCCUCACUCCUGCUGGCUUGUCACUCUGAGAGUCAUGUCGUGGUGCAGGAAGAUGAAUGCUUUGAAUGGUCAACCCAUGUGCACCACACGGUCUACCAUUAAGGCACCAGCAUUAGCUCUGUUGGAAGGAAUAUAACACCCAUUGCUGCAUUUUAAGCUGUUUGAGGAUUGAUUUUAACAGGUGAAACCUCAGUGUAGAUCUCAGCCUGCAAACACGAUCACACCAAAGUGACACAACCCUUACUGAUACAGUAUCACAUUACAAGACAAGACAAAGGCAACAUUAUAACAAGGCCCAUUGUAACGAUCACUGAGCUAACACUGGUAUGUGAUCAUUCUAGAGUUAAAGUGCACUCUGUCCUCAUGUUUCAGGAAAUCACAAGUUUACUCUUAAAACCACAUUCAGAGCAAAGGAUCAUAUUCUGAAAAAUAAUUUCACCUUAUGCCUAUGCCACAGAUAUAGAGAGCAAUUGUAACAAGUCAACAAGUGUUAAAAAAACCCACUGUAUUGUUAGCUAAUAAAGGGAACACAAACAAAUUGCAAGUUCCUUGCAAGUUAUGCCCUUGUCAGUGCAAUGUAUGCUACAGUUGCGGGUUUAACCACAUCACCCUAAAGGAACUUUCAAGAAGAAUGCACUGCACUGCACAAAGUUUUGAAGAUGAAAACCAUCAGGGCAAGAAAUGUAUUGAUGGUGGUAGCACUCGGGCUUUUGCUCCUUCACCUUUGCAAAGAUUUUGUUGACCAUAAAACUAUAAGUUUCCACGUAGAUGUUAGAGAGGACCACAGCCGACUGACGCAAAACACCAAAAACAGCACAUAUGUAUUCUCAUGGCCAAAAUGUCAACAAAAAACAUCUGCUGCCAACAUCGCUGAGUUCAACUCUUUGCCUAAUUCUAUCAAGGAUUUCCUCUACUAUCGCCACUGUCGCCACUUCCCCAUGCUACUGGACAUUCCGGACAAAUGUGGAGGAGCUGAUAAAUCUGGAGAAGUCUUUCUUCUUCUGGUCAUUAAAAGCUCUCCGGGGAACUACGAACGCAGAGAGGUGCUGCGCAAAACGUGGGGUGAAGAGAGGUUACACAACAGUGCGUGGAUUCGACGGAUAUUCAUCUCAGGAACGACAGAGAGCGGGUUUGAGAAGGAAAGGCUGAACAAACUCCUGGAGCUGGAGCAACAGGAGCACAACGACAUCCUCCAAUGGGAUUUCAGUGACACAUUUUACAACCUUACAUUGAAACAGAUACUCUUUCUUGAAUGGAUGGAAAGGAACUGUCCCAAUGCUCACUUCCUGUUGAAUGGUGAUGACGACGUCUUUGCCAACACAGACAACAUGGUCGAGUAUCUGCAAAGCCUCAAGGACAAUGAUGGAAGCCAGCACCUCUUUACUGGCCAUCUGAUCCAAAAUGUUGGCCCUAUUAGAUCACCAAACAGCAAGUACUAUAUUCCUGUUCAGGUGCAGGAGUCAAACUCGUACCCUCCUUAUUGUGGUGGCGGGGGCUUCCUCCUCUCUGGCUAUACAGCUUCAGUCAUUUACAAUAUGUCCCAGUCUAUUACCAUUCUUCCCAUUGAUGAUGUUUACAUGGGGAUGUGUCUGGCCAAAGCAGGACUUGGCCCCACUUCCCACAUGGGCGUCAAGACAGCAGGACAACACGUUCCAUCCCACAGUUUAGACCAAUACCAUCCUUGCUUUUAUAAAGAGGUUUUACUUGUGCACAGAUUCCUUCCAGCUCAGAUGUAUCUAAUGUGGCACAGAGUACAUGAUCCAAAUCUAAGAUGUGGUCUCUCCAGCCAAAAACAUUUGUAGCACCAAACUUUAACUUCUAGGCAAUAAUAGAGCUUAGUGAUGUUCCGGUUCCUCCUGCUUCCAGCUCAAAUGAACAUGUAAGUGUUUGUUUCACAUACUGUAAAGAGAAAAAACUUUUGCUGGACAGAAGGGACUGGCACAUACCUUAAAUGAGUUGACAACAUUUGAACAGGCAGGACUGGCUGUUGCGUUACAAUACAAUACAUUAUAUUUUGUCUUUGUCUCACCAAAUCUUGUACCUUUCUUUACCAGAUUGUCUAAUAUUACUUAAUAGGUACUAUACUGGUUGGAUUGCUAGAUUUUUCUUUUGCUUGAAAUGCCCACUUACAGCACAGAAAGAAUGAAUGUGAAUUUUAAGUAGCCAUCAAGUGUAAAGUUACACCUCAUUUUGAGAAUUCUCAUUGGAAAAUGAGUCCACAUUUAAGGUCAUUGGGUCUGAUUUUCUAUAUUUUAGUAUCACAUAAAGUUCAGCAUAGCUACAGCUGAUACAGACUAAUAAAGGCCAUGUUUUAGUAGACAAAAGCUGCCAGCUAGAGUGCAGCCGUGUGUUAGCUACCUUGUCCUGAGAUUAAGGACAUGAAAAAUGGCCAAGAAUUGAAAAGUUGGCUCUAUAUUGCAUAAUUUACUGAAUUUCUAUCACGUAGAAAAUGAGCCAGGUGUAAGGAGAGUUACCGAGUUAAUGUUAGCUGCCUGUAAAUCAAAUGUGAAUUUUAAGAGCUGAUUGUAAUAUUUAAUUCAUACUUUCUGUUGGAGUUUUUCUUUAUGUCGCGUGCCAGCCAGUGUGAAAAUCAUGAACAGAUGACAUAUAAUCAACCAAUUCAAAUGUAAAGCAUUGCGGAGUACUAUGGUUCAUCUGUAUGGGUCUUUUCAUGCUACGAUUGUAUGGAGGAAAGUACAUUUUGCGGGUUAAAUUGGUUAUAAGAGCUGGGUAUUUAUUUACAAUAAAAUACAGCAAUGAUAUGAAAACAUUUUAUUUAUGUAUUGUUUUUCUGCACAAAGUUACAAAGUGCUUAAAAUAUACUGAGACUUCUCCAAAAAUAAAUACAUACAUUAAAUAAAACAGGACAAAUAACAAUGCAAUUCAUCACCUAAAAAGAACGAUUGAACUCAUGUUUGAGUUGGUUUGAUAUUUUAAGUUCUACAUUUGGUAAAUUUUACACUGCAGUUUAAUUGUACCUGUAAACUUCUGAACAAUGCCCAGCUCUAGAUCUGAUGCUUGUGUUGCCGCAGAUAUCAUCCAAAAUCAUUUCUCAGGGUUUCUUAAGAACAAAAGGUGUAAUAUAUAUAUAUUUUAUCUUCUUAAUCCUCUUUGUUCUGUUAAGCCUUCUUUAUUUUGUUUGUUUCAGCCUCAAUAUUUCUGUUACACAAAGGGAUUUGUGCCUUACAUCAGUGUUGCAGAACAUAACAACUGGGUGUCGGUAAAAGCCGUUACAAGUAGUUGCCAGUAGGCAAUCCAAUGCAGGAUCACUGUUUCAUUAAGAAUCAAUAUCUGUUGUUGCAGAUUCAGUAUGCUGAAUCGAAUAUAUGCACAAAUGUUCAAAUCUGUUUGGGUUUAAUGCUGCUAAGUAAGGGGCUAUAUGUUGUACGGUUAAACAGCUUUAAAUGGUAACUGUGAACUGCAUACACUGGCAGUACACAAUCGUUUUAAAUAAGAUGUACGCAUAAUGUCCUUGGACCUUUUUUGUUUGGGUGUACCUGCGCAAGACAUUUUGGAGGAUUAUUUUGUAAUAAACAUUGGGAUAAAUAUUUA